UUUAUUUUAUUGGUUGGGAUUUUAUUUAUUGAAUACUGAAAGAAUUCAAUUAAAAUAUGAGGGAUGGAGAAGAUAUUUUGGGCUUUAUAAUUUUUUUGAUUUGUUUUCAGUCAUUUUUCCAUUAGUGAUGACUAGUUUAGGUAUAUACUAUGCUAUUGUUAACCCCGAUCCAGUUGAUGAACCAGAAGCAUUUCAAGAACAAGCUGAAAAAAUUGUAAAAGACGAUCGAAUAUUUACUAUUUUUAAUUCAUUUGCAGUUUUAGUAAUGUGGUUUGAACUUUUUUUGUUGUUACGAUACUUUGAAAGAUCUGGAGCUUACAUUUAUAUUAUAGUCAAUAUCUUUAAACAAAUUAUACCUUUCUUAAUUUUUAUCCUAAUGGUUGUCCUCGGAUUUGGUCAUGCUAUGUUCGUUUUACUUAAUGAUACUGAAUCCAUAGGCAUUAAACCUGAUGGUUCCUCCUUUCAAAUCACACCUACUGAUUCGGAUACGGGUGAACCAUUACCAUAUAAAGUGGAACAAGUGAUUGAUGUGAAAAGUAUAUCAGAUAAUUAUUUCACAAAUUUUGUUAAAUCUGUUGAAUCAGUUUUCUUUUGGACUGGUGGUCGUUGGGAUCAAUUAGAACAAUGGAAUUUUUGGCCAAUAGAUGUUUAUUCUAUUAUUGCUAGUAUCCUUCUAGUCACAAUUUUACAGAAUAUGUUGAUUGCGAUCAUGACUGGUGCAUAUGAUGAUGCUAAAGAAAUUGGUAGACAUGCAGUAUUAGAAUAUCGAGCGGAAUUGAUCGAAGAUUAUGAAACGAUCGAAAAACCUCUUGGAAGUAAAAGAGGAAAUCCUCGAUAUAUUUAUUAUAUCGGAAAAUCAGAUUAUAUUGAAGAAUGGUUAAGAAAAUCCGAGAAAGCAAGAAAAAAUCAUGAGAAUUUCUUAUCAAAAGUUGAUGACAAAAAUCCUUGGGAUGAUAAUGAUGAUGAUGAUGAUGAUGAUAAUGAUCAUUAUCAAGAUCUUUCAUAUUAUUAUUCAACUGAAACUGAUUCUAUUGCAUCACCAAGAAAAGAACAAGAAACUCCAUUAUCAUUAUAUUGGUUUGUUGAUGAAAAUGAAAAUAAGAAGAAAUUAUUAUUAAAAUCAAAAUCUUCAAGUAUUUCAUCUAAAUCAGUUAGUAAUAAUAAUAUUAUUCUUCAAAAUGAUAAUAAUAAUAAUGGUGGUGAAAAUAAAUUGUUGAAAGAAAAAAUUCUAUCCAUGGAAAAAGAAUUUUCUGGAAAAUUAAAUUCUAUGGAAGAAACUAUCAAAAAUUUAAUCUCCGUAAUACAAAAUCAAAAAAAUAAUUUAAUUUAAUUUAGUAAAAAAAGUUAAUAUUUUGAACAUUUUUGAUCAUAAUUUUUUUUUUCUGUAAUAUAUAUUAUAUACGUUAUACAAUUUCAAAGUUCGGUUA